AUGUCAUCCUCCUCCUCCUCGUCUACGUCUCCACCGAAGCCUUUAGCUGGCAUCAAAGUCGUUGAGUUUGCCGGUCUGGCGCCUGUGCCAUUUGCAGGCCUUAUCCUUGCAGACUUCGGCGCUUCUGUUGUCCGGAUUGACCGCAUUUCCCAUAGCUCUGUGGCGCAGGAUGUACUCUCCCGUGGCAAACGGUCUAUAGCUCUGGACUGGAAGAGCAAGGAGGGUCUCGAGAUCGUGAAGCAGCUUGUGCGCAGCGCGGACGUCGUCCUUGAUCCGUUUCGGCCGGGAGUGUUGGAGAAGAUGGGACUUGGCCCCGAUGUGUGGCUUGGGAAGGAGAAUACACCGGGCGAGAAUGAGCGUUUAGUGUUUGCUCGGAUCGCUGGGUAUAAGCGUGAUGGGCCACACCGAGAUCUAGCCGGUCAUGAUAUCAACUACCUCGCUAUGAGCGGUGUACUUUCGCUACUACCUGGCACGCCUGAAAAGCCGUCGUUCCCCUUGAAUCUGCUGUCCGACUUUGCGGGCGGCGGCCUUACUUGUGCCCUUGGUAUCCUCGUUGCCCUAUUCGAGCGUGCGACGUCCGGCAGAGGCCAGGUCGUUGAUGCGGACAUGGUGUCUGGAACCCGCUAUCUCGCCACAUAUCCCUUUCUGCAUCACACGCUGCGGUCACCGCUCUUCGCAUCCGCGGAUAGCAAACGGCAAUUGAACGUACUCGACGCAGGUGCACCGUUCUACAACGUAUACACUUGCUCCGACUGGCGUCCUAUAGUGGUCGGCGCGCUUGAGCCACAGUUCUUCAAGGCGUUCCUAGAGGGCUUUCUCAGCGCCGUUCCGAAGACUUGGUUAGAGAGGGAGGAGUGGGCGCCCGAUCUGGACGUGCAAGGCCACAAGGAGCUGUGGCCGAAGUUCAAAGACUUCUUAGAGCGAGGAUUCAAGUUACGGACGCGCGAUGAAUGGGCUGCUACGUUCGAAGGUACGGAUGCAUGCGUCACGCCUGUGUUGACGCCCUCCGAAGCUGCAGCAGCUCAUGCCGGGAUGGACUACCAUACAGCUGACGAAGACUUUGCUUUGGAGACACCACAGGCGUACAUCGCAUCCCCAGCGCCGAGUCUGUCUCGAACACCUGCGCACGCCUGUAACGGACCUAUUCGCGCCCUUGAGCCCGGCCAACAUACCCCAGAGGUUCUCUCGGAGCUUGGGCUUGACGGGAGGAAGAUCGACGAUCUCGUGCGGAGAGGUGUGGUUGAUGCCGUCGACUUGAAGGCGAAGCUAUAG